AUGAAGGGCGGAAGUAGAGCGUGCAAUCCUACGAUCAUGGCGCAGGAAGGGGACGAUGUUAGAGAUUACAAUUUGACUGAGGAGCAGAAGGCGAUCAAGGCCAAGUAUCCUCCAGUCAAUCGGAAGUACGAAUAUUUGGAUCAUACAGCAGAUGUCCAGUUACAUGCAUGGGGAGAUACUCUGGAGGAAGCAUUUGAGCAGUGUGCAAUGGCCAUGUUUGGUUACAUGACAGAUACUGGGACUGUGGAACCCCUCCAAACGAUAGAAGUAGAAACCCAAGGACAUGACUUACAGUCUCUUCUGUUUCACUUUUUGGAUGAGUGGCUUUAUAAGUUCAGUGCUGAUGAAUUCUUCAUACCCCGGGAAGUAAAAGUACUUAAUAUUGAUCAAAGAAAUUUUAAAUUGCGUUCAAUUGGGUGGGGAGAAGAAUUUUCAUUGUCCAAGCACCCUCAGGGAACAGAAGUCAAAGCAAUAACAUAUUCAGCAAUGCAGGUCUAUAAUGAAGAGAAGCCAGAAGUUUUUGUGAUAGUUGAUAUUUAAAAUACCAAAAAAGAAAGAAAGAAAGGGAAAGAAAGAUGAACUCCUAUGAAGAACUUUUUUUCAAAAUCCUCCUUUUGAGAAGAUCAGUGAUUUGAUUUCUGUGGUAUCUUGAUAAAUGGGCAUUUAUGCAUCAGGGAUUUUUAACUUAAAGUGUGACAUUCAGAAAUGGAAAAUCAGAGCAGAGCCUUGGUCUGUGUUCCCUACAUAUUCAGACUUUGAAGAAUUCUUCAGUGCUUGAGGGCAAUUAUGUUCCUUCCUGUGUUCAUUCCCUGCUAUGGCAGCAAGUACCCCAGAUUCUUCUAAUGGAAUGAGAGCCCUCCAGUUUGGUCCCAGAAGGGAUCACUGAUAUAAGUAAUAGUUGGGAUAGAAUCCAGUUUGGAAAAAAGAAUAAUAUGAGAAAAUAACAUUUCUUUACCUAGAAUUCGUUUUUCUUCUAAAUUGAUUAAGACACAUAUUUUGUC